AUGGAUGAGUCUACAAAAGUGAAGGAAGCAAUUAUGAACUUCAUUAACAAGUGCCAAGACAAGAAGGCGGCGAUCGUUGGUGCAUACAGACAUUUCUGUAUCCGCGGAAAGAAGGAGCACAAGAUCACUGUUGACCUUUUCUAUGAUGGACCUCUUCCUUCCGACAAUCCUUUUACGGAGCUUCUCGAACUCUCUGACGACAAAUGGAUUGAUCAUCAGACCCAGGGCGGAGCGGACAAGAAGCUUGCAGAAAACUUUGCAUUCAUGGACCAGCUUUUUUCCCAUAUUCAUGAUCCGUCUCGCGUCGCUGGACCUCCGUUGCAUAGUCCAAUUUCUGGGACACGGCUCUCCUUAGAAACAUAUGCGAAUAAUCCCCCUAAAGCCGGUGUGGGAGAAGAGAAUGUUAGGGCGCGUUGGGGGACCGUGAUGGUUUCGCACUUCACCCGAAAGCUCUUGGAUAAGAUCGAGGAAGAAUCGAAGCGCGCCGCCAGUCACAUGAAGGACAACCAGGGAAAGACAGCCGUCAUUGAUAUCUGGCCGUUCCUACCGUCGAUGUUUGACACAAGUACUUCCGCCGCCUGGCCGCACAAGAAAGGCCGGCCGAAUGGGCCGUUACUCGUCUGCUUCCAAUGGGAAGGAGAGAGCAACGAUAAGUACUGGAUCGGGCUUCUGAUGGAGAUCCUGCAAUCUAUUCGCAAGGUGGCAGAGGACGAAGGGUGCACUAAUGACAAGUUGCCAAUAUAUUGCAACACCUCACUCGCCGAUACUCCGGUGGAGGACAUCUACAAGGAUCAUCUGUCAACGCUCAGCAAAAUCCGCGCAAAAUACGAUCCUGACGAUAUGAUGAGGAGAACUGGCGGGUUUAGGAUUCCUUUGGCGUCGUAG